AUGCCCUACACACCCUCAGGCUUUUUUUGUGACCGGCUAAUCCGGGAAAGAGAGAGAAGGGAUGGAGAAGGAUCUGUAAACAAACCUCUUCAAUUCAGUGGUCAGGACUUUAACAGUCUGAAAUUGGAUUGUCUUCAGAAAAAGGUGCUAUUUGAGGAUAAGACCUUUCCAGCCACUGUGGAGUCCCUGGGUUACAAGGAACUGGGCCACAAGUCCAACAAGGUCAAGAACAUUGUCUGGAAAAGACCCAAGGAUAUCUGUGAUAAUCCACAGUUCAUUAUUGGAGGUGCCAGCAGAACGGACAUCUGUCAGGGAGACUUGGGAGACUGCUGGCUGCUUGCUGCCAUUGCUUGUCUUACUCUGAAUGAUAAGCUGCUGUAUCGGGUUGUUCCUCAAGAUCAGAGUUUCUCUGACAAUUAUGCAGGAAUAUUUCAUUUUCAGUUCUGGCGUUAUGGUGACUGGGUCGAUGUUGUGGUUGAUGAUCGCAUCCCUACCCUCAAUGACCAGCUUGUGUUUACUAAGUCUGCUGAGAGGAAUGAGUUCUGGAGUGUUCUACUUGAGAAAGCAUAUGCCAAACUGCACGGUUCUUACGAGGCUCUGAAAGGUGGCAACACUGCCGAGGGGAUGGAAGACUUCACCGGAGGAGUUACCGAGUUCUAUGAAAUAAAAGAGGCACCCAAGGAACUUUACAAAAUCAUGAAAAAGGCCUUGGAGAGAGGAUCCCUCAUGGGUUGUUCUAUUGAUUCCUUGGUCCCAGCCCGCCUUGAGACUCGCACUGUGACUGGGCUAGUGAAAGGUCAUGCCUAUUCUGUAACUGCUGUGGAUGAGUGUAAACAGAGCAUACAGAAAGAAUCUAAAGUCCGUCUGGUGCGUCUCCGUAAUCCAUGGGGCCAAGUGGAGUGGAACGGACCUUGGAGUGAUAAUUCAAAGGAGUGGGCUACCAUUUCUAAGGAAGAGAAAGAAAAAUUGCAUCAACAGAGUGCAGAAGAUGGAGAGUUCUGGAUGUCCUAUAAUGAUUUCAUGAAGAACUACACCAAGAUAGAAAUUUGUAACCUGACCCCUGAUGCUUUGGAUGAUGAUAAGCUCCACAAGUGGACAGUGUCUGUGAAUGAGGGCUGCUGGGUAAAAGGCUGCUCUGCUGGAGGCUGCAGGAAUUAUUCAGACACCUUUUGGACAAACCCACAAUAUCGCCUUCGCCUCUUUGAGGAGGAUGAUGAAACGGACAACAGUGAGGCCGCCUGCUCCUUUGUUGUGGCUCUUAUGCAGAAAAAUAGAAGAAAAGAUCGCAAACUUGGUGCUAAUUUAUUUACUAUUGGAUUUUCCAUCUAUGAGGUGCCAAAGGAGAUGCAUGGUAACAAGCAGCACAUGCAGAAGGAAUUCUUCCUGCUGAACUCGUCCAAGGCUCGCAGCAAAGCCUACAUUAACUUGCGGGAGGUGACUCAACGCUUCAAGCUGAGCCCUGGGGAAUAUGUCAUAGUGCCUUCCACCUAUGAGCCCCAUCAGGAAGGCGAGUUUCUCCUCCGUGUCUUCUCUGAGAAGAAGAAUGUGUCUGAGGAAAUAGAGAACAGGAUCGAAGCUGACCAUCCAGCUCCGGCUCCAGCCUCAGCAGGGGAUGAGACUGAGGAGGACCAGCAGUUCCGCACCAUUUUUGAGAAGAUCACUGGGGAUGAAAUGGAGAUCUCAGCCAGUGAGCUGAGAAAUGUCCUGAACAGCGUGUUGGCUCAUCACAAAGACAUGGGAAAAGAGGGUUUUAGUCUAGAGAGCUGCCGUAGUAUGAUAGCCUUCAUGGAUAUGGAUGGAACAGGCAGACUUCAUCUGCAGGAGUUUAGACAGUUGUGGAAUAAGAUUAAGCAGUGGCAGGAAAUCUUUAAGCAUUAUGAAGCUGAGCAGACUGGUUUUAUCAGCAGCUAUGAGAUGAGGAAUGCCAUCAAUGAUGCAGGGUUCCGUCUCAACAACCCGCUGUACAACAUUAUCACAAUGCGUUACGCCAACAAGAACAUGAACAUCGACUUUGACAGCUUCGUCUGCUGUCUUGUGCGUUUGGAGACGAUGUUCAGAGCUUUCCAGGCCUUUGAUCAGGAUGGAGACGGCACCAUCCGGCUGUCCGUACUGGAGUGGCUCCAGUUGACCCUGUAUGCCUAAACACACUUAGGAUCCAGGUGAACACACAGAACAGGACCAGAAUCACCAGCCUUUACCUCAAACCCAUUGUGCCAAACCUCCACUUCUCCUUUUUAGCCUUGAAAUGUUUACAAUCUUCACAUAAAAUAGUCAUUACUUAAAAGUUCCACAUUCUGUGGAAGACUUCAGACAGAGUGAUAGGCAUGAUGUCAUCAUCUCAACAGGUUGAAAGCAAGUUUUAGUCUACGUUAGAUCUUUUGCAGUAUUGACGUCUCCCCAGUGUCCUGAGGCUCAGCUUCCAUGUACUCUGUGACACAAUUCAACUCUACAAUUCUAUUGUAACCUGAACUCUUUUACUUCAUCAACUUUACUGCAGUGCUCAAGGUGUCAGAUCACCUUUUGCUACAGUUCAUAAUUCUUUCAUUUUGUUCUUCUUCAGGCCUGUCUUCUAAUCUCUCUCUUUCAUUCAUAUACUGAAACCGGAAAUCUCUCGCUUCCUGUCACAAUCCAGUACCUCAGAUAUGUCUUUAAUCAUCUCUGCUCUGUUUUUCUUUCUUAAAAAAAAAACAACUGGCUAUGAUAAUCAAAUCCAUAAACUUGAAUUAGAUUAAAUAUCAGUUUUCACACAUUCUACAACAGCCACCGUUUAGACUAUUUGUUGUUGGAACAUUCCUCUGUCUUUGUUUCCACAAGCCUGGUUGUAAGUUGUUUGGUGGAAAAAAGAAUAAUAGCAAGAGGAAACACCCAUCAGAACCCACUCAAAUACGGAACCUAGAAAUAUGUUCAGGGUUUGUUUCCAAUGCAUAGGUGGAGAUUACACUCGAGCAACCUUUUGGUGAUGAAUAAAUGUAAGGUUUGGUCAGAAGACUAUUCUUAACCUCCUGAAAUGA